AGCAGGCGUUUCGCGCAGCGGUGCGUCGGCAAAGGGGUUUCGCGCUGGCCUGCACACGGAGGCACUGCGAAACGCACACAGACACGUAGCGAGCCGAGACAGCGAGAGAGGACCUCACGGAGGCUGAAAAAAUGCCACACAAUUUCCAGCCUGGGGACCUUGUGUUCGCCAAAAUGAAGGGGUAUCCCCACUGGCCUGCGAGGAUUGAAGAUGUGGCAGAGGGGGCAGUGAAACCUCCACCAAAUAAAGUCCCCAUCUUCUUCUUUGGGACCCAUGAAACGGCAUUCCUCUCACCAAAGGACCUGUUUGCCUAUGAGAAGUACAGUGAACGAUAUGGGAAACCCAACAAGAGGAAGGGCUUCAAUGAGGGAUUAUGGGAAAUCCAGAACAACCCACAUGCAUCCUACAGCAUGCCAGCUCCGGCCAGUUCUUCUGACAGCGAGGCGGGAGCCAAUGAAAACGAGGCAGGAAGUGAUGCGGAAGAGGAAGCAGUGGUCCCCAGGAAAGCGGAGACAGGAAGUGAGAGAGAUUCUGACUCUGGCAGUGGGGAUGGAAGAAGGGGAGGGGUGAAGAGAAAGGCCCCGGCCUUGAAGCGCCCCCCAGUGAAGCGGGCCCGUGGGGGCUCCUCCAGCGACAGGGAGGGCUCUGAGUACGAGACCGGUUCCCCAACGUCACCCGAACCCUCCCACAGCUCCGACUCCGACUACGGCAAGAACAGCGACCAGGACUUCACUCCAGAGAAGAAACCUGGACCCAAGGGCGGGAGGAAGGGAGUGGGUAGAGGGAGAAAGAAGAAGCCUGCGUCAGACUCUGACUCCGCCUCCAGGUCGGAGGGGGAGGGAGGGAGGAGUGACCUGGACGAAAAGCCACGCCCAGCUCUCUCCGGGUCUGAGUCCGGAUCCCAGUCCGAUUCUGACUCCGCCCCCCCACCCAGAAAGGGUCCGCAGGGACGUAAGAAAGAGAAAGCGCCCCCAAAGCCUCGUGGACGGAAACCGAAACCCGCGCCAGCCAGAGCACGCUCCUCCUCCUCGUCCGACAGCGGCAGCGACAGCGAGCCAGACCGCAUCAGCGAGUGGAAGCGGCGUGACGAGGAGCGGCGGCGGGAGCUGGAGGAGCGCAGGAGGAGGGAGGAGGCGGAGGAGCUGCGCAGGCUGAGGGAGCGGGAGAAGGAGGAGGAGAAGAGGAGGAGAAGGGAGAAGGAGAAAGGCAGUGACAGCAGCAGCUCCGAUGAGGGGCCGGACGACCAGCCGAUCAAGAAGAGCAAGAAGCCCCCGCCCGCCCCUAUCCCCGCCCCCUCUGACUCCGAUUCUCCGCCUGCAGCAGAGGUGGUGAAGCGCACAGACAGCCAUAAGAAAGGUAGAUCAAAGAAAGAGAAGGAGGGGAAAGAGAAAAAAGAGCAGGCAAGAAAGGAGAAGAAAGCCCAGCGGUUGGAGAGGCCUCGUGGGAGGCCCUCGAAGUCUGAAAGGCCGAAGCAUCGGCCAGAGCGCCCCCUAGAGAAGAAGGUGGAGAAGAAAAGAGAGCCGACACCUGCAGAGAGGCUGCAGAAAUUGCACACAGAUAUAAAAUUUGCGCUGAAGGUGGACAGUCCGGAUAUUGAGCGUUGUCUUCAGGCCUUGGAGGAGCUGGGAACUGUGCAGGUUACCAGUCAUCUCCUGCAGAAGAACACGGAUGUGAUCGCAACGCUGAAGAAGAUCCGCCGGUACAAGGCCAGCAGUGCGGUGAUGGAAAAGGCCAGUCAGGUUUACAACAAACUCAAGCUGCAGUUUCUCGGGCAGCCAGAGGGGGCACUAAAAUCCCAAACGGAUGCCAAGAGCAAGGAUGAAAGUGGGAAAGAGGGCCAAAAUACAGAUUUGACAACUGUGAAUGGGGAGGGUGAACCCCAAAAACAAGCAGAAUGUGAAUCAGCACUUAACCCCGAGUCCCAUGAGGAGGAAACUAAUAAGGAGAACAAGGAACACAUAGCCCCACCCCCAAUCAGUUCCAGUCCUGGCAGUCCCGUUGAGCAGCAGACGCAUGCCGAUGAUGUCACUAAUAACACCAUCACCACAGAGACAGAAACGCCAGUAGUUCAAAGCUGAGAGGGGGGUGAAGAAGGAAAACCAAAU